GCUACCUUCCAUCCAGCACCAUCGAACGGUGUUAAGACAUCCGAGGAAAAGUGGAUCCGACAAUUACCAGUUAAUUCGCUUUGAAGUAUCGACGUUGUACAAGUCGAAGAGUCCUAAAUCUAUAUAUUGCGCGUUGUUGAAAUCAGAGAAAUAAACUCACUCCGAAUCACAGCUGAAAGAGCAAUAAGCAGACGCAGCUAAGAAGCCAUGGACAUCGAAGAGUUUCGUGUUCGCGGCAAGGAGAUGGUCGAGUACAUAUGCGAGUACCUCGGGAACAUCAAAUCGAAUCGAGUCACCUCGAACGUCGAACCCGGGUAUCUGCGGCCCCUGCUUCCGGCGGAAGCUCCGAUGAAACCCGAAUCAUGGGACGACAUAAUGAAGGACGUUGACAGCAAAAUAAUGCCAGGGAUAACCCACUGGCAGCAUCCACGUUUCCACGCUUACUUCCCAUCUGGAAAUUCGUACCCAUCGAUCCUGGGAGACAUGCUUUCGGACGCAAUUGGAUGCAUCGGUUUCUCCUGGGCCGCGAGUCCGGCUUGUACAGAGUUGGAAACGGUGGUCCUCGACUGGUUCGCCAAGGCGAUGGAUCUGCCCGAGGAGUUCCUUUCCGAAACGGAAGAGUCAAAGGGUGGUGGAGUAAUCCAGAGCUCGGCUUCCGAGUGCAUCCUCGUGACGAUGCUCGCUGCGAGGAACCAAGCAAUAAGGAUACUCAAGGAGCAGGACCCCGGAACCGAGGAUUCGGCCUUCCUGCCCAGACUGGUGGCCUACUGUUCCACAGAGUCCCACUCCUGCGUCGAGAAGGCGGCGAUGAUAAGUCUGGUGAAACUCCGGGUCCUCGAACCUGACGACAAGUGCUCCUUGCGGGGCGAGACGCUGGAGGCCGCGCUGAAGAAGGACGUGGCUGAGGGUUUGGUGCCCUUUUUCGUCUCGACGACCCUCGGCUCGACCGGCUGCUGCUCCUUCGACAACCUCGAGGAGAUCGGCCCGGUCUGCAAGCAGUAUCCAAACCUCUGGCUGCACGUCGACGGCGCAUACGCGGGAAGCUCUUUCAUCUGUCCGGAGCUCCGUCAUCUAAUGGCGGGCAUCGAUCACGCCGACUCGUUCAACACGAACACGAACAAGUGGCUUCUGGUUAACUUUGACUGCUCGUGCCUGUGGGUGAAGGACCGAGUUAAGCUUACCUCUGCGCUGGUCGUCGACCCGCUUUACCUGCAGCAUGCCAAUUCCGGGGAGUCGAUAGACUAUCGGCACUGGGGUGUCCCGCUGAGCAGGAGGUUCCGCGCGUUGAAGUUGUGGUUCGUCAUCAGGAGCUACGGGAUCAGCGGCCUCCAGAACUACAUCAGGAACCACAUCAAGCUGGCCAAGCGGUUCGAGGCUUUGAUGCGGAAGGACACGAGGUUCGACGUGGUUAACGACGUCCGCGUAGGGCUCGUCUGCUUCAGGUUGAAGGGGAGUGACACCUUGAACCAGGAACUGCUGGCCAACAUAAACGCCUCCGGGAAACUCCACAUGAUACCGUCCAGGGUGAAGGAGCAGUACAUCAUUCGAUUCUGCGUUGUUCGGGAGCACGCCACGGAGGAGGACAUCGACUACGCGUUUGACGUAAUUGAGGAACACUCGACCGAGGUCCUUCUUGCCCACUUCGACAAACCCCAGACACCGGAAAUUAUCGUCAAGAGCCCAAAGACCCCGCCGCCACUGUCGAAGCGGCUCAGUAGGCGUUUGAGCUUCACCAGAAGCGUAUCGAGGGAUACAUACAGGCGGUCCUUGUCCAGGUCGAGCCUCCACGACGGGGCCACGCCCAUCAUGAUCGUUGACGAUGAUCCUGAGGGAGAUAUUAUUGAGGAAGACGUUUUCUGCAACAGCCGGUAGAAUACGCUCCGGCUCUCGGUGCCAAGGAAGAGGGAACCUCUUCUUUCGUUGCCCUGAGCUGUAGGCCCUCACACACAGAGAGGAGAUAUUGCGCAUCACGUUUUCAUUUCCGUUGCUCCACAAAUACACAAGUUUUAUUGUGUUUUAUAGGCUCGAUUUACGAUUUAAUAACUGCUAGAGAUAAUGCCUGCCGGUGGAUAAGAGCGGAUGUUUUUCAUCUUAUUAGUUAUUUAAUUGAUUUUUUACGAUUUGUCAGAGAACACAAAUCAAGUGUCUGACGAGACACUGUGCAUCAUAAGUGGCAACUUGGAUAUUUCCUCAUUUUAAGAUGUACAAGGACAAUUAGUUUUCGCUGGAACAAUUAGUUAUUUUAAAAUUAAUUGUAAAAACUUUUAACACUUGAGAAUCGUAAUCGAGU